AUAUUACGAUAUAACUGUGCUCGCUGAUUUAACUGUAGUGACUUUUACAAUACUGAUUUACUACAUUAUUUAGGUAUUGAGUAUCAAUCUAUAUCUCUCGCUUUGGGCCUUUGUAUGCGUUCUUAACCUGAGAGCUCAAGCGGCGGCUAAGCAAUAUUAGGCCCAUAAUCCCCGUAAACAAAUGAGCCAAUCCGCAUUCCUCUUGAUAGACCCUCGGCUUGGUCCUCAGAUCCCUGAUCAUAGAAGGAUCCAUUUGGAAGCCCGCCAACCCAAGUCAUUCCCAUUUCUGGGUUGGGCUGGCUACUGCGGAUAUUGCUGCUGCUGCUGCUGGUGGUACACUGUGACUGCUACACCACACUGCACGACCUACCUAACUCUCAACGUUAUACGACACCCCGACCCGACUGCAGCUGUGCAGUGACACGCUACGCUCCUUUGUUCGUUCACACCAUUUCGACUUAAUUCGGGUUGCAAUUCAAUUAAUUUUCUUUUAUCCUAUUCUAUUCUGGCACCUCUCAUUGAAACAUUCCGUCUGCAUCAUCUAUCCAAAAGCCACAGCUUAGGCCUUUUCUUUGUCUUUUUACCUUACUUUACCCCCUCCCUAUCUAGACUACGCGGGCUUCUUCACACUCAACCAAACUCCAGACGACCAAGGUUUCAAGUCCGAUCAUAGCGCUUCCGCCGAUUCAACUGACGCUCCGGACCCCGAAUAACUUCACUAUUUUCCUCAACGGCGAUAUCGUGCCCCCGAUGAAGCGAGCGGCCCUGGGCCAGCAUAUCGCCAACUUCACGUGUUCAAUUUGGUAGCCGUUGGCAAAACGCUUCCCCAGGCUCAUCGAAACCCUGGCACCUCCUUUUUUCCCUUACUGUACACCCCGGAUCAACACCAACACAGGUAUUUUCGAAAUACGAUUCGCAAACUAAACACUCCGCUUCGACGACUGUCGCGGCCACGACCGCUCUGUCACACCUACCGCCGUCGCCGUCGCCGUCGCCAUGUCUGACAAGACGAGGCAGUCCUCUGGCGGCCGGUCUUUAUUCUCACGAAGUAAGCACAAAGACAAGCGCUUGACCGAGGAAUCGAGAUACCCCGCAGACGAUGCCGCCAGUUUUCGCUCCUCGCGCCACAAACGAGAGUCGUCUGCCAUCUCGCUGGAUCGCCCAGAAUCUUCUGAUGGCGGUAUCAACCAGAUGGCGGGCGUAAUUACGUCGAUACCCUACGAUGCCGUUGGAGGUGGAUCACGCUCUCCCAUACCUGUCGAGUAUCUGCCCAAGGGCGAGCAGAUGCCAGUGCGCCGUGAACCUCUUCCGCACCACCUAAACAAAAAUGGCCUGGACUUUCACCAAUACCCGAGCUGGGAUGGAACGUCGGCACAGUCUGGUGCUCAUUCCCCAGGGCGACAACCUCUUGGAUAUGGAUAUGGCAAUGUUACUAUGGCUUCAACGGGCCGUCAGACCCAAUAUCAGCAAUGGGGUCCGCCUAGGGGCAGCUCUUCCCACUCGAAUAAUCCUCCCAACCCCCGAUACGACUCAUAUAUGUCAUCUAAUGCUCGGGGCUCGGCUGAUAAUCUGAGCAUUCAGUCAGCUAUGCCCAGUGCCUCUUCCCAAAGCUCUUAUGCUGCUUCUCAGCACUCGAACCGCGAUUCUCACCGAUUUACCAAAUUUCCGUCUGGCCCCCCUCCAGGACAAAGCGAUCCACAGGGUGGUUUCUAUUUCCCUAAACCAGACGACGAUAAUGUGGUCGAGCAGAUGUUCCUCCAACUGAUGCAGAAGCGAGGAUGGCACAAUCUCCCCGAGCAGGCCAGGAGACAGAUGAUGGCCUACCCCGCCCAGAAGAAGUGGACGCUGAUCUAUCAGGAUCGACUUACUGAAUGGCAAGGCGAGCAGAAGCGCCGGCAGACAGCACGCCCGAACCAGUAUACCGCGACUCCCGAUAUCACGACGUACUCCGACGAAGAAGGUACUCCUGAAUGGUAUGUGCGGCGAGUUAUGGAGGAUCGCCUUGACACGAAAGGUAUGGGAAGUUUGGAAGUCAAUUUGCGAACACAACAGAUUGGUUGGGUCAAGAGAUUCGUCGAGUGCCAGGGACAGGUCGCUCUUAUGACCUUGCUGCUUAAGAUCAACCGCAGGACAGCACAGGGGCCAGUCCAGGAUAACACCCGUAUCGACAAGAAUCUCGAUCGCGAAUAUGAUAUUAUCAAAUGUGUAAAGGCGCUCAUGAACAACAAAUUCGGCGCCGACGAUGCCUUGAUUCACCAAAAGGUCAUGGUAGCCCUUGCUAGCUCUCUUAUAUCUCCUCGUCUCACCACACGGAAGCUUGUCAGCGAGAUCAUAACCUUCCUAUGCACCUGGGGAGAGAAUGCCGAAGGUCAUCUGAAGGUCAUUCAGGCGCUGGACGAGGUCAAGACCGCAUCUGGAGAAAAUGGCCGAUUCGAUGCUUGGAUGCGUUUGGUGGAGGUCACCAUUGAUGGUAGGGGCAAGAUGGGAAGUUUGGUCGGUGCCAGCGAAGAAUUGAGGACUGGAGGUAUUGGAAUGGAGAACUUGCUUAUGGAAUACGCCGUUGCGACUCUCAUGCUCGUCAACAUGAUUAUCGAUUCGCCCGAGAGAGAUUUGGAGUUGAGGAUACACAUUCGAGCCCAGUUUACAGCAUGUGGUAUCAAGCGAAUAUUGACGAAGAUGGAGGAGUUCCAAUACGAACUCUUGGACAAACAGAUUGAACGGUUCAGAACAAACGAGGCCAUUGACUAUGAGGAUAUGCUUGAGAGGGAGAAUAGCAGUAUCAAGGACGACGUCGAAGGCGAGGUCAAGGAUCUGACUGAUCCCGUUCAAAUUGCCGAUGCCAUUCAGCAGCGCCUCCAUGGCACCAAGACCAACGACUACUUCAUUUCGGCUCUACAGCAUCUUAUGCUCAUCCGAGCAAAUGAUGGCGAGGAGCGCCUACGCAUGUUCCAGUUGGUUGAUUCCAUGCUUAGCUACGUUGCUAUGGACCGGCGACUGCCGAACAUGGAUCUCAAGCAGAGUCUCAACUUCACGGUCCAAAGUCUCCUUGACAAAUUGCAUACGGACUCAGAAGCCAGGCAAGCCCAGGAUGAGGCUCUUGAAUCGCGACAAAUCGCUGAGGCCGCAAUGGCUGAGCGUGAUGAGACGAAGGCUCAGCUUGAGCUGGGUGCUGAUGGACUGGUUGCCAAAUUACAAAAGCAACUGGACGAGCAAUCUCGAUUCAUUGAUGCUCAAAGAAGACAGGCAGACGGACUCAAAGCUGAAUUGGACAGUAUGCAGACUAUGAGAGCCAAGGAAGCCCAGCGAUACGAGUUGGAAACAAGAGAGCUAUACCUGAUGCUUCGAGAUGCACAGGACGUAGCUGCUUCCAAGGCUAUCAAAAGCGCUGCUGCUGCUAGCGCCAGCAGCAAGGUGGCUGGCCCUGAAGACCCUGCUCGGAUGCAGGGUAUCCUGGAUCGCGAACGCCUCAUGGAGCGGUUACAGAUGCAGAUCGAGCGGCAGAAGACACAAUACAAGCUCGAGGGACGUGUUUGGGGAGAUGCUGUUGGGCCUUCAGACCGUCUUCGAGCCCUGCGCGAGGAGAUGGACGACAGGCCUGGAACACCUCCUGGUGGUGGUACGCCUCCUCGGGACUUCACCAACAGCGUUCUGGGCAGCAUCCACCGCAAUACCAAGAUUCCACGCAAGCCCCUUAAGAGACGUUCUGAUGGCGAGGUGAUCGAUGAGGACGACGAGACUGAAGGCGAGGACGGUGUCAUCUUCGAGAAGCCCAGAAUUGUCGAGAUGAAGCGACCUACGAUAGACCCCAAGCAGCAAGCUGGCUUGCUUGGUGAGAUUGGUUCCAAGGUCAAGAAGUUCGAUGCCAGUGAUUCUGAAGAUGACACCACCGGUCCUUCUCACCCUAGUAUGGAGACUUCAUCACCCAUCACUCCACCAGGUGACAGCGAAACUCCCAAAAUCGAAGUCACUGGUGCUGCUCCUCCGCCUCCGCCGCCACCUCCACCUCCUCCGAUGCCUGGUCAAAUACCCGGAGCUCCGCCGCCGCCUCCUCCGCCUCCACCUCCCCCAAUGCCGGGCCAGCUUCCUGGUGCUCCUCCGCCUCCGCCCCCCUUGCCUGGCAUGCUGAUGCCAGGUGGUGGACCUCCUCCUCCACCACCGCCUCCUUUACCUGGUGCUGGAGGUAUGCCCCCUCCACCACCCCCUCCCCUGCCUGGUGCUAUGUCUGGGCACUUCUUGGCCCGACAACCCGCUUUCGGGGCUGCACCAAGCAUUGGCCUGCCCGUGGUUCGUCCCAAGAAGAAGCUCAAGGCCCUGCAUUGGGAGAAGGUUGAUGCCCCUGAGACCAGUCACUGGGCAGCCCACACACCUUCUGCUGAAGCCCGAGAGGAGAAGUAUCAGGAGCUCAGCAAGAAGGGCAUUCUCGACGAGGUCGAGAAACUGUUCAUGGCUAAGGAGAUCAAGAAGAUUGGUAUAGGAAACUCUUCUAAGAAGGAUGACAAGAAGCAAAUCAUCUCUUCUGAUCUCCGCAAGGCGUAUGAAAUUGCUUUUGCCAAGUUUUCACAGUACUCUGUCGAGAAGAUUGUUCAAAUGAUCAUUCACUGCGAUCCAGAGAUUCUAGACAACGCUGUAGUGAUGGACUUUUUGCAGAAGGAUGACCUCUGUAACAUCCCCGACAACACAGUCAAGCAAAUGGCGCCGUAUAGCAAGGACUGGACUGGACCUGAUGCCAAAUCUCAAGACCGUGAACUUGAUCCCUCGGAGCUGACUCGACAAGAUCAGCUUUACCUCUACACGGCUUUUGAGUUACACCACUACUGGAAAAGUCGAAUGAGGGCCCUUGCUCUUACUAGAAGCUUUGAACAAGAGUACGAAGAGAUUAACGAGAAAAUCCGACAGGUUGUGACAGUAUCGGAGUCGCUACGCGAUUCCGUUUCAUUGAUGAACGUACUUGGCCUUAUUUUGGAUAUUGGUAAUUACAUGAAUGAUGCGAACAAGCAAGCACGUGGUUUCAAGCUCAGCUCUCUUGCAAGAUUGGGUAUGGUCAAGGACGACAAGAACGAGUCAACAUUGGCCGACCUCGUGGAGCGUAUUGUACGGAAUCAGUACCCUGAGUGGGAGACAUUUGCGGAUGAUAUCAACGGAGUCAUGACGGCACAGAAGAUCAACAUUGAGCAACUUCAGGCGGAUGCGAAGAAAUACAUCGACAAUAUUCGAAACAUUCAAAUGUCGCUGGAUUCUGGUAACCUAAGCGACCCCAAGCAGUUCCAUCCCCAGGACCGUGUGAGUCAAAUCGUCCAACGUAUUAUGAAGGAAGCCAGAAGAAAAUCCGAGCAGAUGGAGCUGUACUUGGAAGAGAUGAUGAAGACAUACAAAGAUAUCAUGGUAUUUUACGGCGAGGACCCCGCAGAUGAUGGGGCCCGUCGGGAUUUCUUUGCCAAGUUGGCAUUGUUCGUGGGAGAGUGGAAGAAGUCUCGUGACAAGAACGUGCAGGUGGAAGAGACAAGGAAGCGUAACGAGGCGUCAAUGAAACGGAAGCACACAGCACAACUUAAACUUACCAACGCCAACGCCAACGCCGAGGCGGGACCUACGUCUCCAUCCAAUACCGGCGCUAUGGACUCUCUCCUGGAGAAACUACGUGCAGCUGCGCCGCAAGCUCGGGACCAGAGAGACCGAAGAAGGCGUGCGCGACUCAAGGAUCGUCACCAGGUCCGCGUCGCGUCAGGACAGAAGAUUCCCGACCUCGACGAAAUCCCAGAAGUGGAAGCUGGCCUCAAGAACAAGGAGGAACCCACCGAAGACGAAAGCAAGAUGCUCAGUCCCGGCCUCUCGUCGCCUCGUGAAGGUGAAGACGACGUUGCCGAUAGAGCAGCAGCUCUUCUACAAGGCAUGCGCGGUGGUGAUGGCGCAGAUGACAACGAUCCUGAGAGGAGAGAAACCCUUCGAAAAGCCAGACGGCAAACAGCAGAGGAAGAGAGACGACUACGAAGACGGCGAAGAGAAAGGGCCACUACAAACCAGUCAGAAGAGAACCCCGACGAACAAAAGGAAGAACCCAGGGAAGAGCCAAAGGUAGAAGAAGGAGAGGCAGCCAAAGAGCCGCCGAAGGAAGAAGAAACGCCUAUAGAAGAUGAUGUUCCAACACCUAGAGCAGCGACUACCAGCGACGGUGCCCCAGAAGAAGAGCAAGGGGAAAAGGCACAGGCACAGGCACAGGCACAGGCACAGGCAUAGGCAUAGGCAUGGCAUGGCAUGGUACAGGCACGAGGAUGAGAUGGAUGGGCGGUGUUUGUGAUUCGAGAUGCAUACCAACGGUGUUGGGAACUGUUUAGGAGUGGAAAGAUCGCGUUUGUAUGUAUUGCACGCGCAUACGUAAUGUCUACACCAACACAUACAGUGGAAGAGAGAGUAUUUGAACAAUCUGUGUGUCAUGGUGAUCUUGAUAUUGCAGUACUGGUCGCAAGUGACAGUCAGAUAUAGGUGCCUGUGACCCUUCAUUCUUGACCUUGUAACCCAAACCCUCCUCAGCCACGUUGUUCAUCGUGCGCUGUCUCGAAGUCUCUUCCACCCAAAAUUGCUUCUUCCUAUUAUGAUUCGAGGUUUCCGUCGACUUUCCUUGUCGCCCCCUCCUUGUUCAAUGUUUCGUCGGGGGAACGGCAAAUAGACUGCCGAGGCGGCAGAAACCACCAGUGACAUGACCCAUGAGACCAAUGCAUACUUCUCGAAUCAGAACAGAGCAGUCUUUCAAGACAUGGUAAAGAUAGGCGGCGCGUCCGACUUCGAGUGCCAGAAACGAGAGGAUUGUAAAGAAUCGAACAUGGCCCUGAUAAAUGUCCGGUAAUAUCUCUCGUAAGAAGAAAAUGAAGGUAAGUAUACUAAUGGACCCGGCCGCGAUCAGAAUGAACCACCGAUUUGGGUCAUCAUGAGCUGGCCACAGGGCCAAAAUGUACCACCACCAUUUGCGACGAGGCUUACGGCGAAGAUGGUCACCACGGGCUGGCCAUAAGUACAUAGCAUACCACGACCAGCUGUGACAAGGCCUAUGGUAAGGGUGUUUGCCAGCAGCAGCCCGGGGGGCAGCUUCAAUAACUCUGUUCACAGCCGAUCGACCAUUGUGGUUUUCGCGUCUUGAUCGUAUGAGCUCUUCUGGUGUAGGAGUUGCGGGUCGACAUAUCCAGUUCCACAAAGUGGUGAGGACUAUGUGGAUGGCUGUUAUGCUGAGUACGACACUUUCGAAAGAAGACAAGAAUGGCGCAAGGAUAGCCAUGGCGAGACCGUUGCAUGUAUUCUGCGAAAGCUUGUGCUGGCUCGUGAAAAUGGAGGAGUUUGUGGUAAACGUUGAAAUAGGCACAGCCUUGAGAUGGUCGAAGUUAAGCCCUGAACAUGUAUUGACGAGGCGAACAAUGCGACAGAAGAACGGGAAGGAGGGCUAAGAAUGCAUUACACAUGCAAGAUACUGCAAACUUUGAUGUUCCACAUAAUUAUUAUACCUCCGCGCUCGUUUGGCAGGAGAACCAAUCCACCUAAACGCCAAUCCAGUU